CACACACACACACACACACAGACUUGGGCUUUACAUAAGAUACAUGAAGCACAGUAAUAUACAUAAGACAUACAAUAAAAAUACAUCAAAUGAGACGAGCUAUAUUGCAAGAGUUUAUUAAAGCAGUAUGUGCAAAAUACAUGGGCAAAAAGCAUACAAAAUAUGUUUAAUAAAAUAUCGUGACUCGUGUGCUAUGGCUGCAACGCAUGGUGCCAAAUGCAGUGAGGUAAGCUGGUUACCUGGUUUCCUGGUUGGAUGCAUUCAAAUGUUGGAAGCUCAGAGAACCACAGAAAGAGCUGAAAAAUAAGACGUGUGUUUGCUGUGGAGGCGAGCUGCUGUCCAUGGUGCUGAAAUGGACCAACACUACAACACUGACAACUUCAUCAUGUGCGCGUUGUGUCUGCAUCAUGAGGCUGCACAUGGUUUAUGAAAUGUGACUUACCUGAAUGACAAACUACUCAAAAGUAUCGCGAGAAUUGUUUGUUAAAUAUGUUAAAUAUGGCUGUAGCCCUCGUGCACUCCUGAACUUUGUGUGGCAAGUGUGUGCGUUGGAUGAAACACUGGUGUGUGUGUGUGUGUGUGUGUGUGUGUGUGUGUGUGCAGCCACAGUAAAGGCUGCUUGCAUGUGAUGAUGGUGAUGGUGAUGGUGAGGACCCCAUUCUCACAUGAGUAAGCGCGCCUCCGCAAAAAAAAAAAGAAAAAAAAGGGGGGGUUGGGGGGAGGAAGGAGGAAGAGGAGGGCUGCAUUCCCAUUGACUGACUGAGAGAGAGAGAGAGAGAGAGAGAGAGAGAGAGAGAGAGAGGCAGCACGGACUCCGCCUAUACCGCCCUAACAUCCAGCUCCAGUCCGACGACGGCACCACAGACCAGCCGUGUGAUCCAGGGGCCCCCUCAUCGCGACUCCCGGCGUGUGAAAAAUGGGCUCCCCGUGAAUCCGGGCGGUGGAGGGCAGAGGCGGGCAGGCGGGGGGUGGGGGGGAUCGACGACGAGAGCGUGGUGGGAGAAACACCCAGAGAGGACAAACAAAAGCACAACCGAGGGUGCCUGCAACCAUGAGCGGCUUGCACUAUUCGCCAGAGCUGCGGCUGCCGCUGCCGCUCUGCCCGCGGACCAUGUCGUGAGGUGCGGCUCGGAAACGAUCCGGGGAACCUGUCAGCCGAAACGACUCGCCGAGGAGGAGGAGGAGGAGGAGGAGGUGGUGGUGGUGGUGGUGGUGGAGGUGGAGGUGGGGUGGUGGUGGUGGAAAAGAUGUCCGCCUCGGUGGGGCCCCAGGGUGGCCCUCGCCCACCCACCGUGCCGCCAUCCAUGCCGGAUCUGCCGGACCUCAGCCAUCUCACCGAGGAGGAGAGGAAGAUCAUCAUGGCAGUGAUGGCUCGGCAAAAGGAGGAAGAGGAUAAAGAACAAGCCAUGCUAAAAACACUGCACCAGCAGUUUGAGAGCUACAAACAGGAGGUGCGUCGCAUCGGGGCGGAGACGCGGCGUCAACAGACCCAGCAGAAGGACGACGCGCCCACCUGUGGCAUCUGCCGCAAGACUAAGUUUGCCGACGGCUGUGGCCACCUCUGCUCCUACUGCCAGACCAAAUUCUGCGCUCGCUGUGGAGGGCGGGUCUCUCUGCGCUCCAACAAUGAGGACAAAGUGUGUCUCAUAGUGAAGGACAGGGUAAUGUGGGUAUGCAACCUGUGCCGUAAACAGCAGGAGAUUCUUACCAAAUCAGGAGAAUGGUUUUCGGGGUCAGGGGUGCGGCCUGGGAGCCUGGGCACCUCUGUGAACAACCCAGCCACUGGAGGUGAGGCCCAACGGGACAGGAAGCUACUCCGCUCCAGGUCCCAAGCCCCACCCUCCGGCACCAACACCAACGCAGGGCCACCGGACGGGACGCAGCCGCCCACUGGUGUCACUUCUGCCAAGGGUGCUGACACCAUGCCCGGCUCCCGCUCCCAAAGUGAACCACCUAGAGAAAAGAAAAGGCCAGUUUCCCUCCAUGAACAAAAUGGUAAAGGAGGAAUGGGGCGUGGUAGUGGCCGUAGACCUGGUGGGAAGUUGCCAUCUCAGUCAUCACUGGAUGAGCGAGUGGUUCCUGGGGACAGAGGUGAGAGACGCUUAGGAGACGGACGGAGGCUGGAGAAGAUCCAUUCUCAGGACUACGAGGAUGGGGAGGGGAACUUGGGUCGUCCAGAAACACACCGGAGACGCCCAGAGGAUGAGGAGCAGAGAGAGCGCCAGCGCCGCGAGGAGGAGUUCCAGAAUCGUUAUCGUAGUGAUCCCAACCUGGCACGAUACCCGGUAAAACCGCAGAAGGAGGAGCAGGAGAUGCGUAUGCAUGCUAAGGUGUCCAAGGUCCGCCACGAACGACGACACAGUGAUCUGGCUAUCAACGAGGUCGGACUGGGGCCUGAAGGAGGGGGUAGUGGAAGUGGAGGGGAGGUGCCUGAAAACCGUCUGGCCAGGAGGGGUGGAGGUGGUGAGGGAGAUCACAAGGCCCUCUUGGAGAACCACCGAGCCUACUCUGUGGAUAGGACCGUGGGGGGUGGAGGGGGAGCUCCACCUGCAGGAGGUGGAGUGAGAUCGGGACCCCAACCUGGGGGACCGGUGCCUCCAGACUGGGGCCCAAACAAAGGCCGCCUCGAGCUUGGUACAACACGGACACCAAGGGACAAGGGUGGGGAUAACCUGCUGAGGAAGGACUCUCAGAGCUCGGACCAGUCGGAGUCUUUGCGGCCGCCCCCUCCACGGUCAUACAAGAGCAAGCGCGGCGUCAACAAGAGGCAGAUGUCCAUCAGCAGCUCAGAGGAGGAAGGCGGCUCCACGCCCGAGUACACCAGCUGUGAGGACGUGGACAUGGAAAGCGUCAGCGAGAAAGGUGACUGGGACUGUCAUUCUCUAGAUCCUACAGUGUGGCAUCAUCCAGUUACAUGGCAGCCAUCCAAAGAGGGUGACCACCUAAUCGGACGCAUCACGCUAAGCAAGAGGUCGGCAAUGCCCCGCGAGGCUGGCUCCCUCCUCGGCCUAAAAGUGGUAGGAGGGAAGAUGACAGAGACAGGGAGACUUGGGGCCUUUAUCACCAAAGUCAAGAAAGGCAGCCUUGCAGAUGUUGUGGGACACCUACGAGCAGGUGACGAGGUGCUUCAGUGGAACGGGAAAUCGUUGCCCGGAGCAACAAAGAAAGAAGUGUACAACAUUAUCCUUGAAUCCAAGGCUGAACCUCAAGUGGAAAUAGUUGUUUCAAGACCUAUAGGAGACAUCCCAAGAAUCCCAGAGUCAUCCCAUCCUCCUCUAGAAUCUACGGGCUCCAGUUCCUUUGAGUCACAAAAGAUGGAUCGUCCCUCGAUAUCAGUGAUGUCCCCUACCAGCCCCGGGACCCUCCGAGACCUUCCUCUGGUACUGCCUGGACAGCUCUCUGUGAAGCUGUGGUACGACAAAGUGGGCCAUCAGUUGAUCGUCAACGUCCUUCAAGCCAUAGACCUGCCACCCCGACCAGACGGACGACCUCGUAACCCCUAUGUAAAGAUGUACUUCUUGCCUGAUAGGAGCGAUAAGAGUAAACGACGGACUAAAACAGUGAAGAAGAGCGCUGAGCCCAAGUGGAACCAGACCUUCUUAUAUUCCCACGUUCACCGACGGGACUUCAGAGAGCGCAUGCUGGAGAUCACAGUAUGGGACCAGCCCAGAGUCCAGGAGGAGGAGAGUGAAUUCCUGGGAGAGAUCCUGAUAGAGUUGGAGACGGCCCUGCUGGACGACAUUCCUCAUUGGUAUAAACUCCAAACACAUGACAUGUCCUCUAUACCUCUGCCCCAGCCCUCCCCGUACCUCCCACGCAGACACGUCCAUGGAGACAGCCCCAGCAAGAAACUACAGAGGUCUCAUCGCAUCAUUGAUACAGAGUUUGAUGAUGGUUUGAUGAUAGUGACUAAAGGUGCAGAGCGUAACUCCAGGGAGAGAGAGCGGGGCAGUACAUUGGCUGUGCCUGAGCAGCAGCGUCCCGUCCAGCACCGGUCACGUUCAGUGUCUCCUCACAGAGAGGACUCCUGCAGGGCUCGGUCACGGCCCGCACAUGUGCCCAUGCAAAGGAGUCUGGAUGAGAUCCACCAGAACCGCCACCACUCCCACUCCCCCUCCCGCUACCAUGACUCCCACUUAGAGCACCAACGCUCUGGGGACUCGGACUACGAGUACUCUGAGGACAGUGAGGUCCUGGAGAUGCACAGGUCUAUCCGAGGCGGGAGUGCUGAGUGCCUGCACACAAACAGCUCCACCCUCCCCGCAUGCCUAAAGAGCAAGCCGCCCCACAGACAGGAGGGGGGCAGCACCAUGCCUCGUAGCAUCCUUACACACCGUGUGCUCAGGUUCACUGAUGAGGUCACAGUUAGCGACCUGCAGCCGUCGUUGGACAGAGUGAGGAGUGCCAGCACCACUUGUCUGAGACCAGACACCAACUUUCACUCCCCUGAAAGAGACAGGUGCUCCAACUCUUUGCCCCGCAAGACUCUUCCCAGCCCCCGGAUCUUAGUAGAACAUGUGGGCCCUGAAGAAGACAGGCAGUGUAGCAAUUCAUCAAGUCCGAACUGUCAAAGGGGCAGCAAAAAAAGCCUGGAGGGGGACAGUCGUAUCCAGCCCACCUCUAUCCUGAGGGGCAGUAGGGGGAGAGGGGGCCCGCUGAGGCCCUUUGGCCAGACAGUCCUGGCUGGGUCCUGCCCAAACUCACCACGGCUAGACAGAGGACACCCUCACGGCAGCCCCUCCUCUCCAACGGGGACUCCCUCAUCAGGUCGCAGGGGCAGGCAGCUGCCUCAGCUCCCUGCAAAAAGCAGCAGUAUAGAGCAAGCCCUUGCAGUAGAGGAGCGAGCCCGACAGCUGCAGAUGAAAGUACAUUCCUACCGGCCUUCAGCCUCCCACGACCCUGAGACGGACCUCAAGACCAAACGGGAGAUGUACGCAGAAAAGAGGUGUAGCAGCGACAACAUGUCGGCCAGAUCGUCAGACAGUGAUAGUGCGUCGGCCCUCUCCCGUGCCAGCAGUGCCUCCCGCCUCAGUAGCACCAGCUACAUGUCUAUCCAAUCAGAACGACCUGGAGGACGACUCAGUCGGCAGAUGCGAUCGGUGGGCCGCAGCAUGCUGAAGAGCUCCAGCGUGAGCGGGGAGAUCUACACCCAGGAGCGCACCGACGGCAGCCAAUCAGACACGGCGCUGGGCACAGUGGGUGGCGGCAGCAAGAAGAGACGCUCCAGCCUCAGCGCGCGGGUGGUGGCCAUCGUUGGCAACCGCCGCAGCCGCAGCACUUCACAGAUCAGCGGCCCUGAGGGGAAGAGUAAGAAGGAGAAGGGUGCACCGAUCCAAAGGAGCACAGAAACUGGCAUGGCAGUCGAGCUGACCAGGAACAUGAGUCGCCAGCCCAGCAGAGAGUCCAACAACGGCAGCAUGAACAGCUACAACUCUGAGGGAAAUUUGAUCUUCUCUGGAGUCAAUCUGGGUGCCAGCAGUCAGUUCAGUGACUUCCUGGACGGCCUAGGACCGGCUCAGCUAGUGGGGAGACAAACACUGGCCACUCCAGCCAUAGGUGACAUCCAGAUUGGCAUGAUGGAGAAAAAGGGUCAGCUGGAGGUAGAAGUUAUCAGAGCACGAGGACUCGUACAAAAACCAGGAUCCAAAUCCCUCCCUGCUCCAUAUGUCAAGGUCUAUCUGCUGAAUAAUGGAGCGUACGUAGCCAAAAAGAAAACCAAGAUUGCACGGAAAACACUUGACCCACUGUACCAGCAAGCACUGCUAUUUGAGGAAAGCCCACAGGGUAAAGUCUUACAGGUGAUUGUAUGGGGCGAUUAUGGCCGCAUGGACCAUAAAAGCUUCAUGGGAGUUGCACAAAUCCUAUUGGAGGAACUGGACUUAUCAAGCACAGUCAUUGGUUGGUACAAGUUGUUCCCACCGUCCUCCUUGGUGGAUCCGACACUUGCCUCCUUAACGCGGCGGGCUUCCCAGUCGUCACUUGACAGCUCCUCCGGACCUCCCGGGGUCCGAUCCUAGUGGACCAACAGCUCUACACCGCUCGACGAGUAACAAACUCAUGAAACGUACUGUAGAGAGAAACAAACAAAAAACAAGAUGGCAGAAAUGUAGAACAACAACAAUCAGAAACAGUCAAAAUGAGAAAGCUUUGUUGAGAUCUGACAAUCACUCCUGUCGCGGUUAAUUUUGUCUGUUGUACGGAGCGCCACAUUUCAGUGUUUCAUAUCCUUUCAGAAAAUCUCAUCAUGUUUCUCUGUGUAUGCUGAAGAAGCAGGGCUGUCAAACAGACAACACGCAGUAGCUCUCAAGACGGGAGACAAAAAAUAAAAGAGUGUCAGAGAAUCAAAUGAAGCAGGGUGAUUUUUAACUGAAUCAACAAUAGCAAAGAAAUGUACGUAAGCAUCGGAAUGUAUGGACUCGAGACAGAGGUAAUCACCCUCCACACCUGCAGGGGGCGCAGUCCUUCCUGCAGUGGCCUCCUCCAGAACCCCAACAGACUGCCGGCACUCCUGCCCACAGGCAGGGUGCCCCCGUAUGGGUAUUCAGUCUGGAAGCACAGGGCCUUCUUCUGGUGCCUAGACCUUGGAGCCGCAUCACUGGUCCCUCUCUCUGUCGAAAAAUCCUCUUUUCAGUAUGUUUACCAUGGCUGCUCUGAGGCCACACUGUUUUAGCGUGUUUGCUUUGUCGUUCAUUUCUUUCCCUUUGUUACUACUGGCACAAAAUGUUUUUACAGUGCGUAAAAUGCUCAUGAUAAUGUUGUCAGUCUGGUGUGUGCAUGGAGAGAAAAACAAAACACAAGUGAUUAAAAAAAAAGGAUAUAAAAACUAUUAAAUGUCUGCAAGUGUUAUGCAGGGGGGGGGACUGGUGAUGAUGACACAGCUUAGAUUUUUACACUUGACAGUGAGAUUAGCGUGCAGCGUUGUUUUCCUUGUUCCACCGCUGGCAAACGUCCAGGCCAGUUGUCUUUGUAUAGAUGUAUAUUAGGCCUCCCAGGAGGUUGACCAAUAAAUAAAAUUUAUGUCACUUUGAAAUAUCACAAGGGUAAAAACAUCACUGUAAAAAAAAAAAAAAAAGUAACCGCAAAAGCAAGAUAGGACCUUCUAAUUUUUCACAUUUUUUGGGGAGUGCAGUCCCUCACCCCAGCACGUUUCUAUCCGACCCUUAGUUUACAUUCUUUUGAAAUUUAAACACAAGCACAAGAGCUUGAUUUUUUUACAACAAAAAGUUUAACUUUUUGAAAAAAACACGUAGUUGAAAAAAAGAAAAAAAGCAACAAUCCCGUCACAUUCAUUUCUCUGUCUAGUUGUUGAUAGACAAACAGAAAAAGAAGAAUCGCUCACAGUUUCCCUUGUGCAUCUCUGUGAAUGUGAAAGUAACCAAUCAGACUGAUCUGUCGGGACUCCAAAACCAAUGCUCAUCCUCCGUUCGGCCUGCAGUCUCCGCCCACUGGGGAAAAAAAGGCGGCGGCCAGCAUGACUUUGGAACCUGUUCCAAGCUGCAUGCACAUUUUUGUAAAACAAAACAGAUACAGGAAAAAAAGAUAACUGAUCUAGAUACGUGUGUUAGUUCCACAUACUGUAGGGCCGCUUGUAUGUUGCAUGCAGUUGUACAGUUUGCUCGUACUUGAAUAUUAAAGAGAUAAAACCAAGAAACCGAAGCCAUUCCCAUUACACAACGACAUCUGAACUCAACUGCAGUCAGUUCCACAUCCCCCCAGUCCGGUGCUGAAUGUCUCUCAAACUAAAUCCCAAGAUUACCUUGAUGUCUCUCCUCGACCCUCUGGAAGAUUACAGUACUGUACAGUGGUACUGAGCAGACCUCACAGCCCCUCUUACUGUUAUUCCACAUCAUAGUAUACCUCCAAGGGGCUGAGAUGAUGUAUGAAUAAAUAUGUACAAAUCAGAUCCGCUUAUAUGGAAAUAUGAAUUAUGUUUCAACAUAAUGAUUUCAGAUAUGCUAACACAUGAACUGUUAAGUUAUAUAAAGAAUAAAUACAGAUGCACAGAGAGUAAUACACUGUAAAUACUCAACAGCCAUUCACUGGGUUUUCAUUGGGUUCAGUGAUAUUUGCAAAGGGGCCAAGUCAUAUAACGAGGAGCGAUUAAUACGUCAUUAGGGACCAUGCAGUGGGACGACACAAGACGAUGGACUUGGGUCACAAACUGGCCGAACUUAAACAAACGGCCACAAAACUUACAGGUGUACCAUGAAGCCGUCAUCUGAACACUUCUUUGUGCUUCAAACCCAAUGUCCGAACCCCGGCCAUGUUCAGUCCCACUUCAGAAGAGUUGAUGACUUUUCUUUUCAUUGUCCGGUGAAGCUGGUUUUCCUUUUUCUUUUUUUCUUUCUUUUCUUUGUCAGUAUUAACAGGAAAAAAAAUGCUGAUUGUUUACAACUUCUGUGUUCCACUGAAACAAAAAGAAAAUUAGAAAAAAGUAAAGCAUUCACUGCAACAUUACUUGUUUGUAUAACAGAUGUGGCUCAAAUGAUGUGUAUGUUUUAUAUUUAAAAAAAAAAGUUCAUUUUUAUUAUUUACAAAUAAAAAGAAUGUGUGGAAGAA